AUGAUCAAGAGCACGUUGACCCUUCUUGCCUUGUUUGGCGGAGCCCUUGCCGGACAGUAUCAUGACACGCCUCAUGAGCACGAGUAUCAAGGCAAGCCAACAAACGGCAGCUACUCCGUGCCUGGCUAUCCCUCCAAAGGUCCCGAGACUGCGGCCAUGGUGACAUACACGACGACGACUAUAUGUCCAGUCACCAAGUCGUAUGAGCACUCUGUUAUCACUACUCUCACAACAUCAACUAUCGUGAUCACGUCUUGCGCCCAUGGCUGCCCAAAGACCUCUGUUCCCGCUACUCCAUCGCCUAGCCCGACUCCCGAGACAUCCUCCAAGCCUGCUCCCCCAUCCUCGUCGCCGGUUUCACCUGUCGUGCCAUCCUCUUCCCCGGAAUCGAGCAAGCCUGCUCCUCCGUCUUCUUCGCCGGUCUCUCCUACCGCGCCGUCGUCUUCUCCCGAGACCUCUAAGCCGACUCCUCCGUCCUCUUCGCCAGUAUCUCCUGUUGUGCCAUCAUCAUCCCCCGCGUCAAGCAAGCCUUCUCCUCCUACUUCCAAGAUCGAUACCACUUCCACCACGAUCAAAUCCGUUACGAAAUCCGUCACGGAGACCACGAGCGUGUACACGACCGAGACUCCCACAGUUACGAAGAGCGAGAUUGUCCCAGUUACUUCAACCAAGGAGACCACGUACUACGUCACCCAGACGACCACGUACGUGACCACGACCUGCCCCGUUGUCACUACGACCUAUGUCUCCUCCUCAACGACCUACACGAAGCCAGUCACGCUCACCGAGACGCUGACACUGACCACUACCACCGUCUGCCCGACGACCUCGCCUGUUCACGAGACCAGCGUGCUCACCGUCACUCCCACGUCAACCGUCUACACGACGCUUGUUCUCACGCAGUCUUGCCCCGAGUGCCCACAGGGCAGCACGGUUUACACCACCGUCAAGACCACCGCCUCUCCCAUCGUCGAGACCUCUUCGGUUGUUGUUCCUCCAGUUCCGACCACUCCAGCAGUUCCGACCACUCCAGCAGUGCCAACCACUCCAGCAGUGCCAACAACCGAGACGCACGUCCCGGUUCCAUCGCCGAGUUCCCCAGUCGCGCCGGUCCCAACUACGGAGACACACGUUCCUCCCCCAGUCGAGACGCACGUCCCGGUCCCGACCACUGAAACGCAUGUUCCUCCGCCAGCCACCUCUCCGGUAGUGCCUCCAGUCGAGACACACGUCCCAGUCCCGUCACCAAGCUCGCCGGUCGCACCCGUACCAACUACCGAGACUCACGUUACUCCACCUGCCAGCUCUCCCGUCGCACCUGUGCCGACUACCGAGACGCACGUGCCUUCAGCCAGUUCUCCAGCUCCUGUUCCGACGUCCGCGCCGCCACUUACCCUUUCUUCGCUUCAGUCCGUCACCCCCCGGCCCAGCACACCGGUCUCGGCCGUCACCCCCACGACCUCCAUUCCUGUUCCGCCUGAGUUCACCGGCGCGGCUGCCAACAACAAGCCCGCUGCCGCGUUCUUGGCCGGCGCGGUUGCGCUCUUCGCUUUCUUUUAG